AUGGAAACCAGGCCCAAGACCGGAAUCAAGGUGAUCAUCGUAGGGGCGGGCUUCGGCGGCCUGACGGCGGCGAUCGAAUGCAAGCGGCAAGGUCACGAAGUUGAGAUGUACGAGAGCUUCGCUGAGCUCAAGUCGCUGGGCGACAUCAUAUCCUUUGGCCAAAACGCCGGCCGCAUAUUCCACCGCUGGACGCUGCCCUCGGAUCCGUCCCGGCCCGGUCGCAUCGCGCAGAGGAUGCGCGAACUCAGCAUCAACCUGCAAAACUACGGCUUCCGCAUCCACAAGUGGGACACGGGCGAGGUGGUGCUGCACCAGCCGUCGCCGCCCCUCGUGGCCGACGCGCCUGUCUUCAAUGGGCACCGGGGUGAGCUGCACCAGGUCGUCUUUGACUAUGCGAGGGAUGAGCUGGGGAUCCCUAUCCACCUUGGGCAGAAUGUGGAGCAGUACUUUGAGGAGGAGGAUAAGGCCGGGAUCGUGCUCAGGAGUGGUGAGAAGGUGUAUGGUGACGUUGUCGUAGGUGCGGAUGGUGUUAGAUCCAAGGCUAGAGAACUCGUGCUGGGCUAUAUUGACAAGCCAAAGAGUAGUGGCUAUGCCGUCUGGCGUGCGUGGUUCCCGACCACUGAACUUUUAAAAGACCCACUAACGCGCGAGUUUUGCGAAAACGGCGACACGUUCAACGGCUGGAUCGGACCCGACGUGCACUUCCUGACAUCAACCAUCAAGAACGGCACCAACUGCUCCUGGGUGCUCACACACAAGGACGAGCACGACAUUGACGAGUCGUGGUCGUUCCCCGGCGACCUGGACGAGGUCAAGGCGCUCCUGCGGGGCUGGGACCCGGUGUGCACGGCCAUCGUGGACAAGACGCCGAGCGUCGUGGACUGGAAGCUCGUGUACCGCGACCCGCUGCCGCGCUGGGUGAGCGACGCGGGCCGCAUCGUACUGCUGGGGGACUCGGCUCACCCCUUCCUGCCCACGAGCGCGCAGGGCGCCACCCAGGCCAUGGAGGACGGCGUCACGCUGGCCGUGUGCCUGCGGAGGGCGGGCAAGGGAGAAAUACCCGCGGCGCUGUGGACACACCAGGAUAUUCGCUACGAGCGCGUAAAGGCGGUGCAGAAGACGGGCGAGACGACCAGGGAUAUGUGGCACAAGACGGACUGGGAAAAGGUAAAGCAGGACCCCAAGAGCAUCGCGUUCCCGCGGGAGGAUUGGGUGCACAAGCAUGACGCAGAGAAGCAUGCUGAAGAUGUUUUCGGUGAGGUUUUUGCCAAGAGGAAGGAGACCAUGACUGGAUAA